AUGACGGGGGUGAAGAUGGAGCAAACCUGCGUGGAGAACAGGCAAUCGGCUGCCACGUCGAGCUCCUCCCAAUCCCAGGGCAGCUACGGGUACUCCCGAAGGACUUCAGCCGCUUGCAGUCCGGGGGCAUCUUCUCCGUCCCACCGGUACUGUAUUUUAACUCUUGGUUCAUGGUCGAACAACUCUUAGUUUUUCCUCUAAUUAUCUGAUUGUUAAACGUUGAUGUGGUCGUUUCGUUAUAGCUAUACAUGGAAAAUGGUAAGAAGUUCACAUGAAUCGUCCGAUGUCCUUCAGUAACUCUCGAACAAUUCUGUGCAUAAAGCCCCCCCAUGCCACCCAAUCAAUAUCUUCGAAACCAUUUUCGAAUACCUUAUUUGCGCGCAAUUCACCCCCAUGCCGCUGCGCUCUUCACACAUCAGGACAGUUGUAUAUCGCAAUGACAUGUUCUCUUAUGGUAGAGGUAUGGAUCUUCGAAUGGCAAUAUGAACAAUCGGAUAUAUAAAUGCAAGGGUACCUGUUAUCGCUGUGGAUUUAAGUCAGUCAGAUAUGCCUUUUGUGUAACCAAGGAAAGAAGAGUAGAAAACCAUGAACGAAAAUAGUUGUAUUUCCUUGGAAUUGACGAUAUCUCGUUGCAUCCUUGAUGAAAGGCGUUGUACAGCUGUAUUUUUCUUACUUCUCUUUUUUUCUCUUAAUUAUAUGUGUGGUGAAGAAGGAGCUUGUUUUAUGGAAGGCCGUAGGAAUGAUGAUCUAAACCAAGAUUUUAUCUAGGUUUUAUUAGAAUAAUGAACGUGCUCAAUUUCUUUAUGAUUUAUUUUUGAGGUGAGAAUGAAAACCUGGUAUUUGGGAACUUAUGGUUAUAGAUCAUUGGAGACCAGGUUAUUCCCCAAACAAUUCCUUCUCAGGCCUUUCAUCGUUUAACUGAUCUUACAAAGCAUGAGUUUGAGCCUUGACUGGCCACCCAGGCAAUGUCAUUUGUAGUGUCUAGAAUUUGACAAUGUGAAGGCUUAAUAAGCACCGUUCUUGUGAAAAAAACAAGGGGAUCACCUUUUAUGGCAAAGAUAUUCUGUCAAAUGUACUUGCUAAUUCUAUUCAAUUAUACUAUCUGGGGAUUGGUUUGGCUGGACGCUCAUGAAUGUUGAUGUAAAUAAUUUCUAGGCGGACUACUGGGCCUAUAAGACGAGCAAAAGGUGGCUGGACACUGGAGGAGGUGAGCUAUCUGUUACAAUCUUGAAUGUAAAUCAAAAAAAUGUGGAAAAACUUCUCUGUCUUCGUUCAAUGCAUUAACAGUAGUGGGGGGUUCAUUUCUGUUUUAUUCUAAUUUCUAUUUUUUUUUUUUGCGAAGCUUUUUUUAGUUUAGGUUCAUUUAAAAUUGAAGAAUAGAAAUGUUCAAAUCUUGACUCCUUGCUUAACUACUAGCAUAAAUUUUUCUGAGGUUUUCACUCAUCUAUCAACAUGAAUUUAGUUACUUUUCUUGAAUAUUUUUUUAAUAACAUGCCUUUUUUCUUAUAUUGUUGAGUGCAUGUUGAUUAACAACUGUUUAACAAAUGAUAACCUGCUGCAGGACGAGACUCUACGGAAGGCUGUUAAAGCCCACAAAGGAAGAUGUUGGAAGAAAAUAGGUUUUCCACACUUUUUCCGCUAUUUAUCUCCAUAGAGUACCUGCUUAUGCUUAAUUUUCUAUGGUUCCAGUAUCUUUAUCGUUGAUUAUCUUCUUUGAAACUGAUUUUAAAUAGUCACCAUUACUGUGAUGUGGCAUAAAAAUCUUAGUAAAUUUUAAACAUGAAUGAUUAAUUUCAGUACCUAGCAAUUUAAGAAGAGAAUUUAGCAUUGUGAUGUCAGAAUAACCUUUUUAUUUUUUAUCAUGUGCAGCUGAGUUCUUCCCAGAUAGAUCAGAAGUGCAGUGUCUACAUCGAUGGCAAAAGGUUCUCAAUCCUGAACUUGUCAAAGGUCCAUGGAUCCCAGAGGUAUGCUGCUAAUAUAGAAGUUAAAACUUUAGCUCUAAGAAAAAGGAACCAAAUUUUAUGAUCAUAAUUGCGCUCUGAUGCAGGAGGAUGAUAAAAUAGUGGAACUAGUGGAAAAGUAUGGCCCAACAAAAUGGUCUAUCAUUGCAAAGUCAUUACCUGGUCGCAUUGGGAAGCAAUGUCGGGAGAGGUAAUCCUUGGGUUCCUCUGAUCAUUUUAUUUACCAAUUCAGCACUCAAGUUAUCGGAACACAAAUUCAAGAUCCAAUAACUUCAGUUUUUUCUUUGUACUAGUUAUUCAUCCGAAUUUCUUGCUUAAAACUGAAACUCUUUGGGCGAUGGACGCUUCAUUUUUUUAGUUUCCUUGAAUUCUCAGGGAAGAGAAGAGGGAAAAAGGAGAACAAAUGUUCGAAAAUUAUAUUUUCCAUCUAGAUCAACUAUUUAUGUGCCAGAAAUAUCAAUAGACUUAUAGUUUGUGAUUGUUUCUGUAUACUGUUGUUGAAAAAGCAGUUUUUGACAGCUGAAUAAGAAAAAGAUAUUUAUUCCAGGAUAAUAUUAUCUUGAUGGUAAGGGUCAUUAUCACUCUUAGAUAGGGAUGCUGAGCAUUUUAUAUUGUGCAUUAAAUUGUUGUUCUUAGAUCAUUAUUAGAUUUUCAAUUAUCCUUAUCGCAUAUAUUUCUCGGUUCCUUAGCGAACAGAAGCCUGGAACUUCCACACUUUUUUUUUGGCGUUGCAUUGAUAUGACUCUUAUUCAACAUAAAUACGCUUAAAAGCUCAUAAUGUUGGUGCUCGCAUUAAGGUGGCACAAUCAUUUGAACCCACUGAUAAAGAAAGAUGCUUGGACCCUGGAGGAGGAAGUUCAACUCAUCAAUGCUCAUCAGAGACAUGGUAAUAAAUGGGCGGAAAUAGCCAAGUUUUUACCUGGAAGGUAUGAGUUCUUGUAUUACUUUUUUUUAAUAUAUCCUUAUGUACCAAAGAGCUGUUUGUUGUUCUCUCGAAUGUCAUUGGCAGUACUAAUAUUCAUCUGUCAUGAAUAGCUUUCUGUUGCCAUACCAUGAUAAUAUGAUCAUUGGGGCGUUUCUGGAGUUUAUCUUCUUGUAGAUUGUUUUAAUGGUUAACCUUUUCGUUAAAUUUCAUUUUAAAUGAAUCAGUUAAGUUCACGGGUGUCCAGAGAAGAAUUGUCUUAGAACGUUGGGAAAGUCUUUUGCCUUGGGGUGAAAUCAUCAACUCCAUGGUGUCGGUGCAGAUUGGAUAUACAAUUACAACUAAUCUCUGUAGGUUAUAAAUUUCUGUUCUGACUUAACUCAUAGAAACUAGACAAUGUGAUUAACUGUGGCAUAAUUCGUUCACUGAUGAAUGCUAGUUUUUUUUAUCAGUCCCAAAGCAUUCAUCUUAUCAAGUCGGCUGUUUGAGGCUUAACUCAGCAAUAAUAUAAGCGAUAUCAUGGCCUUCUUCUCUUUGUUAGUCAAUUGUCUCCAGCAGCAUUUAGAAGUCAUCAACUGUCCUGCUUUAAACUAAUGUCAUUUUUAUCAUUUUAAUUCCAUGUCUGCCAACAUUUAUGUGGUAUUCCCUCUCUGGGCUUCACCAAUAAGUCAAUUCAUAUUAUUUUCUCGUGUUCUCUUCGCCUGAUCAGUUUUUUGGUCCAUCUUGUUUGCUAUCUUCCGUGGGAUUUCUCUUGGGUCUGUUUUCUACGCAUUUUUAUAAACUUUGUUGACUGAUUUUUAUUUUAUUUAUUCGUGAUCUUAGUAUGCACAUGCGUAAUGUUGAGCGAUUAUUCGUCUACUCGCAGGACUGACAACUCAAUAAAGAACCAUUGGAAUAGUUCCCUGAAGAAAAAAUUAGAUUUAUAUUUGGCUACUGGUAAACUGUCUGCAGUUUCGAAAUCUGCAAUGCUGAAAGAUGUUGGAAAGACUGCCAGCGGACGUCUGCUGGUUUGUUCACUUAAGGGAUCAGAACAAAGCCCCCAGUCCUCUUCUAAAGCUACGUUGCUCACUGCUCCCAGCCUCUCUAGCCCUUUUGAGAUGGAAGGCUACAGACAUAGGUUUGACUCCACAGCCACUGAGUUUCAUGUAGAAGCUUCAAAAAAUGUGCCGGCUAUUAAUGGCAAAUGGGAAAAGGUAGGUGACGACCUGGGUGUGAAGUCCGAGGCCCACGCCGAUGACAUGGAAGUUGACUAUAAAAUGGUCAAUGGAAAGUCAGAGCAUGCUGAAGGUGUUCUGACAGCGGGUUCUCUGUUCUACAAACCACCCCAAUUAGAAAUAUGUGAUGUAUCUGCUGCAUCAUCCAUCUUGAACAAAUACUGCCUCCUGCAAGAGUUGCCAAGCUCGAGAUCUUCUACUCCUCUGAAUGCCAAGCACGCAGCUGAGUGCAGCCCUGAGAUUAUAUUGAAAAAUGCAGCCAAGAGCUUCCCGAGUACGCCUUCUAUUAUCAGAAGAAGGAGAAACAGGAUAUCUACACCUCUUUCCGUGGAAGACAACGGGAAAGUUACAGAAGAAAAUCAUGAGACCGUCAGCUUCUCUCCUCCCUACCAAGUGAGGCCUGUCCGGGCUGCCGUGCUCAGACCUUUAGAGAAACAGCUCGACUUCUCACUUGAACCCGAAAAGUCGGAGAAAGAUGCAAAAUCCAUGUGUUCUUGUACCAACAGUAUCUCGCGUGGUACUAAUGGCGACGCGUGUAUCUCAGGCAUGCAGCAGGUCCAGAGUAGCUGUCCGGUUGGAUCAGACAAUCUAAGCAGCAGCUUGACGCAUUCACCAAACAUGGGCGUAGCCUGA